UACAUUGAUAUUGUCUUGCGGUCGGUCGAUGAAAAGGAAUUCAUCGAAAUUUGUUCAAAACUUAUCGACUUUUUGAGUGCUAUGAUUUGAUCAUACAUUUCCUGGUAUAAGACGUUAAAAAGUUGGUUGAAGUGUUUAAUGAAGUGCUGAAUUAAACAAGGAAACGGUUGAAUAAACAAUGUCUACCAUACAAUUUGUGAUACAACCCUUACCCGGAUCAGAUGAGCAGUACAUUGAAAGGCUGCGUGAAGUAUCUGAUAAAGUAAAUAAGUUCGGGUGUGGCACGCAUCGAAUAUUUGAGCAUCUUAAAAUACCAGUUAAAGAAAUUGUCGUAGGCCCAAACCACAUUGGUGUACUUUUGGAAGACGGGAAGGCAUUUCGAGCAGCUUUCUCUAUUAAUUCAGACCGUCUCGAUCUGAGCAGAAUUGAUAGCAGCAAAAGCAAUGCAAACAAUAGCUCUAAUCUAACAAAUAAUUCAAAAAGUGCUGCCCCAUCGUCAGCAAGACAAUUGGCCCGUUCAAGAGCGCGUCUUAUGCGUACAACCGGAAGAUCUGGAUCUGCAAAUCAAAGCUCAGGUUCACGUAGCACAGGAGUAAUUAUUGGCAGUGGCUCCUCGAGUCGUCCCAUUGUAACAGUGCCUGCAACUUACGUUCCUGAAGAAUUAAUAUCCCAAGCUGAAGUCGUUUUGCAGGGUAAAAGUAGAAAUCUAAUUAUAAGAGAAUUACAGAGGACUAAUUUAGACGUAAACUUAGCAGUUAAUAAUUUGCUUUCUCGAGAUGAUGAGGAAGCAGAAGAUACGGAGGAAGUUGGUGAUAACUAUGUACCAGAGGACUUAAUAUCCCUGCUCGAUAACGGAUUUCAUGGAGAUAAUAGUAGCGUUAUAAUAGAUCCUUCGGAUGGCCUUUUCUCUGAAGAAAUAUUCAGCAACUAUUCCAGUAUCCGCAACUUACUAUUUGAUCGCAUACGUAGUGAAAGGAAUCAAUCGGGCUCAAGUAGUUCAGAUAACCAAGUGAGACCUGUAACAACUUCUGCGGGCGUAUUGUCGUCAAAUAAUAGCUUAUCUGCACAAAUUUCAUCUGUAAGUGUUGAUCGAGAAGCUUUUAGUCGAUGGAGAGAUCGUCAAUAUUACGGACCCCGACGUUGGCUUAACAAGGACGAAUAUGUCUGGGAAAAUAACGGAGAUUUAAGAAAAAGAGACAUUUCAUCAAGUUCUCCCCUUUGGAUUUCGGAGGAAUUACAGCCUUGGCCGGAUAAAAAUGGCCUUACUAAAUUUAAAACAAUAGGAGCAUUAUAUUCUGAGUUUAUUGCGCUUUCAGAAAACGGAGAAUUACAUCAGUGGAAAUGGUCAGAAUUAGAACCUUAUAAAUCAGAGAUGGAGCAUGCUUACCAUCCAAAAUCAGUAAGUCUUAAUAUAAACGAAAAGGUUGGACAAGUAUCAGCGAACUUUAUUCGUUGUUCGGUGGUAACAGAAAGUGGACGAGUUGCAACUUGGAUGGACGAACAAAUAGGAUAUCUAGGAGCCAAACUUGAACACCCAACCAUUAUGUUUAACGAAUUUGUUGUGGAUCCCAUAGCAUCAAUUAAUGUUUGUUCCUUAUAUACAGCAGUAAGGACUGAAAACAACAAUGUUUAUUGGUGGGGUGUAUUACCAUUCGAUCAACGCCGUUACUUAUGGGAUAAAUUUCGAACAAAGUCUAAAAAACCGUUUAAAACUGUAUCCUCUGAUAUUUCAGUCGGAACUCAAGUGAUAAUGAAAAAAUGUCCCAUUUAUCAAGCAGGCUCUAUUGGUUUUACAUGUUAUAAUGGUAUUCCAAAGAUAGGUCAGUUACAGAAUUCAGUCUGGGACCUUAGCGACGUUUGUCGAUUUAAAAUAAUUACAUUAACUCCCCAACCGAGUGGUGAAAAAUCUCAGCUAGGCACCUGUAGCUCAUUAAGUAAUGAAAAAGAUUAUAUAAAGGCUCAUAUACCAAACACAGUAAAUACACAAUCAACAAGUAAAUCACUAAAUUCCACAAAAGAAACAACGGAUCGAAUUGAUAUGCCUCCGCCUCCUUCACCAGCAUCAAGUACGUGCAGCGAUACAGGUAGUGUCACUUCACAUAAGCGAGCGAAAAGAAUGGCUGCGAAAGAUGAUGUUGAAAGCAAAAAAGAUGAAGAAUUGUGGCAACUAAGAGAUGUAGUUUUUGUUGAGGAUAAAGUUGGACCAGUUGGAAAAGUAUUAAAAGUAGAUGGCGAUUUUGUGGCAGUGCGUUUCCCAAUUUCUCCAACAUCUACGAGUUCUGUUUGUAGUAAUAAUAGUGAAGGAAAAGACGAUGAUUGGCAACAGUGUCGACUUUUACGCCGCGAAGAUGUUCAGAUUUACAAAACAAAUAUGGCUUCACGUGGAUUGGACUGGCUGCAAAAGAUGCCAAGAAAAGUCAAUAUAAAUAAUUGUAAUGACUCAAAUGGAUAUCAAUUAUUAACUAUGACAGUGGACGUUCGGGGAGUUCACGUUAUAAAAAAACAUGGGUCCAAACUUUUUUAUAGCCUGUAUAAUCUAUAUAACAGCAAACAAGAACAGAUAUGUCAGUUUCCUACAGAUAGUGUAUCGUUUUUAGGUGUUACUCCUAAAAAUAUUAACAUAUUCUGUAACAAUGACAGCGGUGUCAGUACUAGCAAUAUUUUAGUUUGUGAUGGAAAUCGUGCUCUCUAUCCAAUUGCUAAAGAUUGCUUGGGAUCAAUAAAAGAUCCCCAUUGGCUGGAUCUACCGCCAGUUAAAAAUGUUUCGAUGAGUAUGAUACCAUUUUCUUCAGCCGGGAAUCUUAAGUCCAAAUUGUGUUUAACGGCUUUAGUUUUUGAGCCACAGAAACUAAUGCCCCAUAUCUUGAGAUGUGACAUCAAAAACGCUUUUGCUGUUCUUGGUCGUUUAGAAAAGAACGAACGCAGUGAAAUUGUGGUUAUCACAGAGGAGCGUUGUGAUGGUGGUCGUAAUAUUUUCCAUGCGUGUGUUGCCUUAUCUGCCCCUACAUCCAAUAAGGAAGCAGACGAGAAAAGAAAUAUUUCAGGAAAAGAAAUAUUUAACCGAUCAUCGCCAUUAGCUAAUACAGUUUUUUCUAACUGUCCAAAUCUUUCUACACAUUUGGAUAUAAACAAUAGUGUAACUGCAACAAAUACUGCGCCGCCGUCAACUAUGAACGCUACGGUAAAUAUGAGAGAGAACCGCUCCGUUAGUUUGCGAGACAUGAUGAAUCACCUGAUUAAUACUGAAUCAGAACAAAAUAAUCCGGCCCAUCGAAUAGGACCGGUUGAGGAUCAUCUGUAUAUACCCCAGUGGUCAAUAGAUGGUAAUAGCAGUAGUCAAACAUUAAACGACAUCAUUACCACGAGUGAAGUUGAAGAUAAUCUUUCAAAGAGUGCAACCGCCAAUAUAUCAAGCAUUACUUCCUCCGCAAGUAUUCCUACACCAAAUUACGUUUUCGAACCAAUGCAGCGUCGAGAGCAUGCAAUUUUAAUUUUGCAACAAAUGUGCUCAUCGGUUGCGUUUCGCCCUUAUUUACAUCAAAUGCUAAGUUUCAAGGAUUCUCAAGGCCGAACACCUUUUAUGAUAUCAGUGUACACUCGUGCCUAUGAAGCUGGUAUAAUACUUUUAAACACAAUUUUAAGUUUAUCGGAAAAAGAUGCUUCGGUUAAAAACUCUAUGAUAUUUCCUCCCGGUUCUCCCCCUGAUCAGUCUCCUUUAUAUGUUAUUUGUUACAACGAUACUUGUUCAUUUACGUGGACCGGAGCAGAUCAUAUCAACCAGAACAUAUAUGAAUGUAAAACAUGUGGUUUAACAGGGUCACUAUGUUGUUGCACAGAAUGUGCACGCGUAUGCCACAAAGGUCAUGAUUGUAAAUUGAAACGAACAUCUCCGACAGCUUAUUGUGACUGUUGGGAAAAGUGUAAAUGUAAAGCACUUAUCGCUGGAAACCAAAAUAAACGAUUUGCUCUUCUGUGCAAAUUAGCUUCGUGUACUGAUCUUGUAACGAGGUUCAAUUCGAAAGGUGAAUCAAUUUUACUUUUUUUAAUACAGACUGUUGGUCGACAGACAGUGGAACAAAGACAAUACCGUGCUAAUGCUCGUGUAAGAAAUGUCGGCAGUAGUUCAAGUAGUGGCACAUCAAGGAAAUCCUCUGCGAUUGAUCUUGACGCUGAUAUGCCAGAACAUGACCUCGAACCCCCAAAAUUUGCUCGAAAAGCACUCGAACGGUUACUAAUUGAUUGGCACGCAGUCAGAGCCAUGAUUAUGUCUGGUGCUGAUAAAAAUGAAAACUCCCAACAGCAACCUAAUUCUGUGGAUGCAUUGAAUACUGAUAGUUAUAAUAUGUACGUUCUAAGCCAGCAAGGAUCUACACUUUUGGAUAAAUUUACCCAUAAUUUAUUUGUUAAGUGUAGUGGCGAUCAUCUGGAUACCCUUUUGAUGACAUUAUUGCGUGAAAUGCAGGACGACACCACUGCAGGUCGUCGAGAAGAAGCUGAAUCAGUUGCCCGUAGAUUUAUACGAUCUGUAGUACGUGUCUUUGUUAUUUUCAGUUUAGAGAAAAUGCCGAAUCCGGAACGGAGAAAAUCAAAUUUAGCCUCGAACAAACAUAUUCAAAGCUGUGUAAAAGUUUUUCAAUCUCUAUAUAAAAUUUCAAUUGAAGAAUUGUGUGAAGUAUCUGAAUCUCUUAUUGCACCAGUACGUCUUGGCAUUGUUCGACCAACGGCUCCAUUUACUAUGUCUUCUACAAGUAUUGAUAGCUCGGAUGAUUUAUUUAGCGUUGAACCUCUGGCCCCUUCAUCCGCUACUGAAUCAUUAGCAGAACCUGUAUCAAGUCAUGAGGAGAAUCAGUCCGGUACACCUGGAUAUGCUAUUCAAUCAAAUUUUUCAAUUGACAACAUUGAUGUUUUACGAGAUGCUCAAGAAGGUGAUGAAACUAUCAACCGGGGCAACAGUAAUCUUGGUCAAGAAGAAGAUAUUCUAGAUUCUGCUCGAAAUGAAGAAGUUAUACAGGAUGAUGAAAGUGAUAAUGAUUUUCCAUUUAACGAUCCAGAAACUGAAUCUGAUUCUGAUGACAACCAAAGUAAUCAAGAUGCCCAAAGGAGCGUACAAACUGGUGCAACAAUUGGUUCGGAAACAGAUAUUGGGGUUCUUUUUCUCGAAGAUGAAUCUGGCGAUUCUUCGCCUCAGGAGGAGGAAGCUUCUGAGGAUGGCGAAACAGACGAACAAUCCGAUGAAUAUAGUUUUGGGGAUCAUCAAUUGGAGCGACGUAAUACUAGUAAUAAUACCCGUAAUGAUUUAGCUCCACAAUCUAUGCAAUGGGCGAUACGAAAUAGAGAUAUUUCUCGCUCUUCUGUUCGUGUACCAGCAGGAUCAAACUUAGUUUUUAUUGACCCUAUGGCAUUACGACGUUCCACUGUACCAACAAGCUCUACUGUAGCUGUUCCACCCCAAGAGCAUCAUACUAUGGCGACAACCGCAAGCAACUUGGCUCGUGCAUUUGGUAUUGUCAUCCGGCAAAUAUCAGAUCUUCUCAAUAAUUUUACUUAUCAACUUACAACUGAAGUUGAAAAGCCUACAAUUAAAACUCAAAUGGAGGAAGCGAUUCAAUUACAAAUGUACAUUGAAGAAAGGUUCAAGUCUACUUGGAAUUGGAUGUAUUCGAUUAUGGACGGGACAGAACCACAAUUGAAGUUUGGGGCUUAUUUGACAAACUAUACCGAUCCAACACAUCCACUUCAUCCCCUUAAUCUUAAUACUCAGAACACUUCUAACCAAUCUGGCUCUUCGUCAGCUGGAAUUAAUAUGAUAGGUUCAUCCACCCGAAGAGAUUUUUUUACUUAUUGUUUGUCCUUAAUGCGGGCUCAUACCUCAGAACAUCGUGACGCUUUGCCCGUCUUGGAUAUAACAGCUUUUCGGCAUAUAGCCUAUGUAUUUGAUGGGUUUUUUUACUAUAUGCGUAAUAAUUCAAACUUUUAUGAAAAAACAGAACAAUUUUCUAACAUAAAUAUUUCCAAUUUAAAUGAUAAUGAAGAUACGGAUGAUGAGUUUUCUAACAUAACAAAUGAGGAAAUAUUUCCUGAAUCUAAUUCUUCUGCAGCAAUAGCUAUAUCUUUGUCAGCAACAACUCGUCGUCAUUCGUUUUUUGUUCGAUCAGAAUCAACAUUAAGCCUGGGUUGUUUAGCUCCGGAUAAUUUUGACUUACCGCUGGAUGUUGCUAUACCUCUAGCUGAUAAACCGCAUCUUCUUCAGCCAAAUUCAAAGCGAGAGGACUUAUUUUCUAAUUUACCGCUUUUAAUUCCGACAGAACAAAAUACUGCGGAGGGCGCCGAUAUGACUGCGGCACCAACAAAGCUAGGUUUUUCUAGCUAUAAAUCGGCGUUAUCAAGUUGCGUAAAAUUUGGAGAUAGCUGGAAAACAGGAUUAGAUUCAAGACACCGAAAUGUUGAACCAAUGGAAACUGACGAAAAUGUACCUGGACUCGAAACUCAAUCUAGUGUUAGUUAUCCAAUGAAUUCUAGUCGCCCCGAAGUUAUUAUUGCCCCAAAUAAAUUGCAAAAAACUGAAGGGGAAAUUGCCAAUGCAUCACAGUUUUCAACCACGUCAUCGGCUCGCAGUGUUAUUGUCCGGGCUAGCUCAAUAGCCAAAAAAAUGGAAAGUGAAAAAAUUGAUAUACGUUUACCUUUGCAAGAGGAUAUCAAACGAACAAACAUUAUUUUCCCACCUCGUGGAAUAAAUUUUUGUAAACAAUUUUCCUCAGUCACUCCUUCUUGGAAUUUUUUACUGGGACGAUGGAAAUUAACACUGGAUUUAUUUGGAAGGGUUUUUAUGGAUGACGUAGGCAUGGAACUCGGAUCAUUGCUACCAGAACUACGUGGGUUUCCUGUUAAAGAGAUCCGAUUUCGAAGACAUAUGGAAAAGUUGCGAAACGGACAACAACGUGAUCUUAUAUUAUGUAAAUUAGAUCGUAAUCGAGAGUGCUUAAUAAUUCAAACAUUUAAAGAGUUAAAUGCGCAAUUUGGUAGUCAAACAAGGCGCGUACAAACCCCUCUGACAUUUAAUCGCGUAAAAGUAACUUUUAAGGACGAACCUGGAGAAGGAUCUGGUGUAGCGCGCAGUUUUUAUACAUCAAUCGCUGAAGCAUUAUUAGCUUCUGCGAAAAUGCCAAAUUUAGAAACAACUCAUAUUGGUAUGAACAAUAAAUAUGGAACUCCAUUUUCAAGUAUUUUACGAAAUCGAGGCGUUUCUAAUCGUGAUCCUCCAUCAUUGCAAAGACGUACCGCGGGAAACAAAAUUUUUUGGCGCACCUCACGAGAGAGGAAACUACUCAAUUAUGAUGCCAGGCCAUAUCUUCCAGCUUCAAAUCACUCAGAUGGUACAACCGAACCCAAUGACCAUUUAUCUGUACAUUUACAACAGUUAGGUGAAAGGCUGUUUCCUAAGAUUUAUUCUAUAAAUGCUACGAAUGCGUCAAAAAUUACUGGAAUGCUGCUCGAAAUACCAACACCUCAACUACUUUCCAUUUUGUCCUCUGAAGAUACAUUAAGGCAAAAGGUCAACGAAGCUCUUGAUAUAAUAACAUACAAGCAAAAAUCAGAGGCUAAUAAUGUAUCCACCCAAACUCAAAAGAAAAUGAUUCCGGUGGUAUUACUUGAACAGUGUCAAAUUGAAGAUAAUGAACCAUUAUUUUAUUCACCUGGGAAAAGAGGUUUUUAUACGCCAAGACAAGGUUAUGGCUCAUUUGAACGAAUAAGUGCAUUCAGGAAUAUUGGAAGAUUAGUCGGACUAUGUUUGCUGCAAAAUGAAUUGCUUCCCCUUUUUUUGCAACGACAUGUAUUAAAAUUUAUAUUAGGAAGAAAAAUUAAAUUUUACGAUUUAGCAUUUUUUGAUCCAACAAUAUACGAGUCAUUCAGGCAACUUAUACUAAACGCCCAAUCAGAGGAUGGAGAUACCACAAUACUACGUAUGGAGUUGUUUUUUGUUAUCGAUCUUAUGAAAGAAGAAGGAGGAGGUAGUGUGGAAUUGUUACCAGGAGGACGUGAAAUUCAAGUUACUAGCAGCAAUUUAUUUGAGUAUUUGAAACGUUACACCGAAUAUAGACUGAUCAAAGCGCAGGAAAAAGCUUUAGAGGCGCUAAGAGAUGGAGUAUUUGAUGUGCUGCCAGAUAGCUGCAUGAACAGCUUAACUGCUGAAGAUUUUCGUCUUUUAUUAAACGGCGUUGGAGACAUAAAUGUUUCGACGUUGAUAUCAUACACAACAUUCAAUGAUGAAUCCAGUGAGGGAUCUGAUAAGCUACUUAAAUUUAAGAGAUGGUUUUGGAGCAUUGUUGAAAAAAUGGGUACUUCAGAGCGUCAAGAUUUGGUUUAUUUUUGGACCGGCUCACCUGCGCUACCAGCCUCCGAAGAAGGAUUUCAGCCCCUUCCUUCAGUAACUAUUAGACCAGCCGAUGAUUCGCAUUUACCUACAGCAAACACCUGUAUAUCACGUUUAUAUAUACCUUUAUAUUCUAGCAAAACUAUUUUACGUAGCAAAUUGCUUAUGGCCAUUAAAUCGAAAAACUUUGGUUUUGUAUAAAUUUAGAGAUAAGCUUUAAACUAGAGUAUAGAUCUGCAAAUUCCAUUUAUAUUAAUGGCGAAGUUGAGAUAUUUCAUUUAUGUUUUCUUGUACGACAUACUUAUUUAUUAUAAGGAUAUUUUUAAAAUUUCUUGUAAAAUUUAAUAAUUUUAUUUUCACUUACAAUUUGAAUUCAAUAAAAAAUCGAAACAUCUAAACAUUUACAUUGAGAAACAAAAAAUGCUUAUGUACAUAUAUGAAGUCGGUUAAAAAAAGUAAAAUUAAUAUACAUUAUAUCGUAAAUUAUUCCCAGCUUUUCAUUUUCUUUACUAUAUCAUAUUGAUUUUUACUAUGAGCCGCAAUCUAUAAUUUAAUCCACAGUCGCAUAAAUACCUCCCCUACCGCAUUAGCUUUUGAUUUAAAAGAAGUUGGUUAUAUUGUAAUACGUAUGUAUAUUGAAGAUAUUUUCUGAAAUAAAUACAAGAACAUA